AUGCGAUCCAGCAUCCUCGCCAUAGCGGGCGUGCUCCCCUUCUUCUCUAGCAUCGUUCUCGGCAAUGUGGAAAAGACCAUUUUCCUGGGUCCACCCACGGCAUCAAUCCCACCAGAUACGCCUCAUCUGGACCCUCUUGGCCUCGAGCACCUCUCGCCUCAAGAUGCUGUCGUACGGACCUACGUGAAUGCAUCAUUCCCGUCAGUCGAUGCCCCCAAAGGGACCGACUCGUGGUUCUUUUUGGAGAAUCUAAUGCCAGGACAACGAUAUGAAGUUCGCGUCUGCUGGUUAGCAACGCAACCAACAUCCUUCACCUUAUCUACCUAUCCCCUGUCCCAAACAAUGGGUGACCCGGCUCUGCUCUCCGCGCUGAGCAGAUUUUCUGCAUCUCGCCUCGCUACAGAAGCAGCCACAGCAGCUGAUCCUCAAAUGGAGGGCGCUAAGAGCCCUCGCCAAGUCACCAAGGCACGACCGCAAUCCCCGACCCUCAUCAACGACUCGGUCCUGUUUUUACGCGUCCAGGCCGCUGCGGAUUACUUCUCGCUAGACCCGGCAUUGAUGCAGCAGGUGCCACCCGUCGUGGUGGAUGUCAUUCUCGAUCCAUUUGUAUGGAAUGUGUUCCCUCGAUCACUGGUGCCCACAGCAGCUUGGAUGGUCCUGGUUGUCGUGGUGGCCAUGGUAGUGGCAAGAUGGGUGGGUCGAGAAUUAGGCCGAGUCAUUGAUGAUGCCAGGGCCGAGAGAGACGAGCAGGAGAAGAAGAAAACAAAAAAAGAGACAUAG